AUGGCCGACUAUUCCUCUCUCAAGGUGCCCGAGCUGAAGAAGCUGCUGAGUGAGCGCGGCCUGACGGUGAACGGCAACAAGGCCGACCUGAUUGCGCGCCUGCAGGAGAACGAUGCGGCGAGCAAGGGCGGUGCCAAAGCUGCAGCCGAAGACGAGAUCGACUGGGACGACGAGCAGCCGACGGCCAAGGUGCCAGCGGCUGCGGCUGCCGCUGUUGAGGCCAAGGCCAAGGCCGAGACGACGACGAUGACGACAGCAUCAGAGCCGACGACAGCGGCGGCAGCGGCUGUUGUCGACACGGCCGAGGAAGCGGUGCCGGCUGCUGCUGUUGUUGCGAGCGACGACAAGGUGGGCGGUGAAGUCGGUGAAGUCGGUGAGGCCGCCGAUGCAGUCGAUGCAGGCGAUGCAGAAGAUACGACUGCCUCUGUUUCUGCUCCUGCAGCAGCCGAGUCCGAGGUCGUUCCCGGCCUGUCGCAGCACCUUGCCGCCACCGACGCGGACGAGGAGGCCCGGCGGCGUGCCGCGCGUGCCAAGCGCUUCGGCAUCGUCGACGACGCGGACGUGGCCAAGAAGACGGAGCGUGCGGCUCGAUUUGGCAUCGAUCAGGCCGCCGUCAAGGGCCUCGAUGCCGCUCUGCCGGACCGCCCGCGCAAGCGCGGCGCCGACGGCAUCGAUGGACCGGGCGGCGCGGCCACGACGGCCAACGGCACAGCCGCCACCAACAAUGGAAGGGGCAACAAGCGUGUGAUGCCGGAUCGCCGCAGUGGAGCCGGCCGCGAUGGCCGUGCGGGCGGGCGUGGUGGCCGUGGUGGCAGCGCUGCUCGCGGACACGGAAACGGAAACGGCAGCUUCGGCGGCCAGCCAAAGAAGAGAGCCGUCUUGGAUGACCCGGUCGAACGGAAGAAGGCCGAGGAACGGGCAAAGCGGUUCGCUUCUUAA